AUGAAGCGUAUCGUCACAUUAGGAAACGCUACAAGGGCCGCCAGAGCACGACCACGUACUCUCCUUCAAGUCGCGCCGUUCAAAUCCUUGAAUCCGGCGUCCUCCUUCUACUGCGUACCCAAGGCUUUCAGCACAUCUAUCCCGAGGCGGAACACUGAGUUGGACGACAUGGCUCCCAAGGGCGGGUUCGAACUCAAGACGCCCAAGGGCACGAGGGACUGGGAUGGCAAGCACAUGGUGCUGCGGGAGCAAAUCUUUGAUACGAUCCGCGAAGUUUUCAAGCGCCACGGCGGCGUCACGAUCGACACACCCGUAUUCGAGCUCAAGGAGAUCUUGGCGGGCAAGUACGGCGAGGACUCGAAACUGAUCUACGACCUGGCCGACCAAGGUGGAGAGCUUUGCUCCCUGCGAUAUGACCUGACGGUGCCCUUUGCGCGCUUCGUCGCGCAGAAGAAUAUCCAACAAAUCAAGCGAUAUCACAUUGCCAAGGUCUACAGGAGAGACCAGCCAGCUGUCUCCAAGGGCCGAAUGAGGGAGUUCUACCAGUGCGACUUCGACAUUGCCGGUGCAUACGAUGCCAUGCUGCCCGAUGCCGAGAUCAUCAAGAUUGUCAGCGAGGUCUUCGAGGCCCUGGGGUGGCACGGGAGAUAUACGAUCAAGACAAACCACCGCAAGAUCCUCGAUGGUAUCUUCCAGGUGUGUGGCGUGCCAGAGGACAAGAUCCGGACCAUCUCUUCAGCUGUGGACAAGCUGGACAAGAUGCCCUGGGCAGACGUCAAGAAGGAGAUGGUCAACGAAAAGGGACUGGCCGAGGAGAUCGCAGACAAGAUUGGUGUCUGGGUCCAACUCAAGGGCGGCAAGGAUCUUUUGGAGAAGCUACAGCAGGACGAGUCGUUGGCCGCGAAUGAGUCAAUGAAGCAGGGUAUGGCUGACAUGGGGCUGCUGUUCGACUACCUGGAGUGCUUUGACGCUACAAAGGCUGUGUCCUUCGAUCUGAGCCUUGCGAGAGGGCUGGACUACUACACAGGCAUCAUCUACGAAGUUGUCACCGAGGGCUCAGCACCCGCUGCGCCUGCCGGGAGCGGCGCCGCCGCGGCCAAGUCCAAGCCCAAGAAGAAGGGCAAGGCAUCCGAGGACGACGACCGCUCAGAUGACCCAACGCUUGGCGUUGGCAGCGUAGCAGCCGGUGGAAGAUACGACAACUUGGUCGGCAUGUUUUCGGGCAAGGGGCAGAUACCAUGUGUCGGCAUCUCAUUUGGCGUGGACCGCAUCUUCUCCAUCGAGGCAGCACGCAUGGCCGCAGAGCAAGGCAGGGAGCCAAGAAACAACGAGACGGACGUCUACGUGAUGGCAUUUGGCGGCAAAGGAUUCGACGGCAUGGUCAAGGACCGCAUGAGGAUAUGCAACCAGCUCUGGUCCGCGGGUAUCAAGGCCGAGUUCUUGUACAAAAACAAGCCGAAGCUGCAGAAUCAGUUCAAGGCUGCCGAGAACAACGGCGUCCCCUUCGCAGUCAUUCUGGGCGAGGAAGAGCUGGCAAAUGGCCAAGUCAAGCUCAAGCAAAUGGGACUGGACGAUGGCCACCCCGAGAAAGAAGGCAUUCUCGUGCCCAUCCCGAACCUCGUGAGCGAGGUUCACAGGCGGCUUGAGCAGCUCCGUAGGUUCGAGGAGAUGACGGUGGACGCGUCGGGAUUACGUGUCGUCGACGGGAUCAAAGGCGAAACAGUCGUCACUGGGGAGGCUGGUCCCGCGGCUGCGACUCCGGAUCCGACUGUUGCUGAGCCGGCUGUGGUGGACCCGAAGCCCGAGUCAGCGUCCUGA